AUGCAUCAUCAUCAUCAACUGGUGGAAGUGGAAGUGGAGAGUCCUCCCAGGGAGUCCUCCAGACUGGCUGCUCACCCGGUAGCAGCUGGAGCAGAUGCUGCUGGACCUCCUGCAUGUGCCGAGAUCGGGCCUGCUCCCUCUCGAUGCGAGCCAGGGUCACCCCCUGCUGGGUCUCUAUCCGAUCAAGACGCUCAUCAUAAGCGGCAAACCAGGUCUGGUACUCGGCAUGGUGAGCCGAAUACUGCUGCUGGAACUGGAGCUGAUGGUCGUAGAGCUGCUGAUUCUGGAGAUGCAGCUGCUUGA